AAGCAGAGGGGACCUACACGGUACGGAGCACCCCUCGUUGCCUCGCCAGUGGUUCAGUCAGCGCUUCGCACCGGCGUCGCUUUACCUACGCUCCUCGCUCUUGACUCCCGUCGGGCACGUCCUCGCGUGCACAUCAUCGUAUGCCCGUUCGUCUCGCGAAAUCAAUGAGCCCACGUAUCGGCAGGCACCUCAGGCUCUCGUUCGAAUAACCGCGGUCGUAAAGCCGUAUCGUAUCAGCGCGAGAUAUCUGCCGAGAGAGAGGAAGAGAGCUGCCACUUGUCGCUGCUGUGGUUCGAAGGGGACGGAGCGAGAGGGACAAAGGAGCGGCGGAGAGAGAUCGAAAGGGAAAAGAAAGGGAGAGUGCGUCGCAACGAGUGUAGCGAGAGGAGCCAGAGCGUGGACGAAAUCGAGAGAACCAAUCGAGGACCUGUACGGGUCCUUAACGUUCAGGACGGUGCAUGUCUCGGACCCUGUUUCCCAGCUUUUCCUCUGGAAACGCUCUGUCCACGUUCCUGAGCUGGAGGCGUGCGGCCGACUUCUGUGCUGCGUGCAGAGGCUCUGCAGAAGCGGAAGUGCAGCCGACGAACCCGAGCGUCGGAUCAACCGCGGUCGGCGAGGCGCGCAAGCGGAGCCAGAGGUGGAUGGUCCCUCGGGCCCGGAGGAUGGAAUGCUCGCUAUGCCUGUCAGCCCGAGUCCUGCGUCCACCUCGUCGCAGGAGGACGCCUGCAAGCCGCCACCGCGUAACUGCUACCGUCUCGUUAUGCUCGGCAGUGCCCGCGUUGGAAAGACCGCUAUUGUAGCACGGUUUCUGUCCAACAAAUUCGAGGAGAGCUACACGCCGACGAUAGAAGAUUUUCACAGGAAGCUCUAUAGGAUCAGAGGCGAGGUUCACCAGCUUGAUCUCCUGGAUACAAGCGGAAACCAUCCGUUUCCGGCCAUGCGACGAUUGUCCUUCCUGACGGGGGACCUCUUCGUCGUGGUGUUCAGUAUGGACUGUCGGGAAUCUUUCGAGGAAGCCAUCAGGCUGAGAGAGGCGAUCCUCGAGACCAAAGUGAGCGCGACUCAAAGUGCCACGAAGAGCAGGAGCAGAAGCCACUACAGCCUGAAAGUCCCUAUGGUCAUCGUCGGGAACAAAUGUGAUAAAGAUGUAAAGACGGUCACCGUGGAGGAAGCCGAGCAAUAUUGCGUGAGCCAAGACGAGUGUUGUAUUUUCGUGGAGGCUUCCGCAAAAAGGAACUAUCACGUGGACGAGCUCUUUUAUCAGUUAUUUGUGGUGGCGGGUCUACCGCUGGAGAUGGCGCCGAAUCACCACAGAAAAGUGCCGCUCACCUUCGGCUCGCCCACUAUGCUACCACCGUCGCAGCCGCGACACAAAGCCACUCUCAGUAUAAAACGCCGGCUGAGCGACGCUUGCGGCGUCGUCGCGCCGAACGUGCGUCGUCCCAGCAUUAGGACGGACUUGAUGAUCAUGAGAACGAAGACGUGCUCGCUCGCGGCCGGAAAUGAGAACAACGCGCCAGGAUCCAGGAUCACGCUGAGAACAUCGGAGUCGAGGAAGGCCUGCUCGAUACAGUGAUAUAGCUCGCGGACAAUUCUCGCGGGCAAAUGUCGAGGGAUACGAGGUUACACGCGCGUUAACACAAAAGCGAUCUUCGGAAACGAGAUGUACCCCACUUGUCUCUGGCCGCCAUAACGUUGAUCGCGAUCGCCGCAUGAGCGUCGCUCGUGCUUAUUACGAUUUCAUUAUCAUUUUGGCGUUCGCACACGCCAUGUGCUCUCUAUCGUUACACUAUAAAUAUAUAAUCGUGCUUUCUUUCGAACUUCUCUCGCGGGGCGAGAAGGAGUCAGGCUUGUUCAACAGUUUUGGAAGAGAUUGUACAUACGUUGUAAAUUGCACGCGAUUACAGAGCAUUCGGGAUCGUAUCGUGCGAUCGCCAAAGUUCAGCCGCGAACAGACAAGCAGCGGGACGAGAAUACUCGCAAACGAAGAUCGCCGAGGGAAAAUCAUAUUUAAACCGACCACGCUACUCGCCUUAAUUAAUUAACGGAAUAUAGCUUUAGCGUAAUGUCCCGAAGGUAACACAUAUAAUUAACUUAAGAUGUGACCGAGGGAGAGAGAGAGAGAGAGAGAGAGAGAGAUAAACAAAGAGAGAGAUAAAGGUAAGCCGUUACGUUAAUUAAUCGUCGUCGAUCAAACACUUAACGGGAAAUCGAUACGCUAGCGCGGGUGAGAUCGUUUGACAUUCGAUCGCAGGGUCCUUCUCCGACAGUAGCGGGAUGAUCAAAUCGCUCACGAAAGAGCACCCACCCUCCUCUCGCAUUGGGGUAUAAUCUAUAUCGAAAUCACUCUCGACGAGAUCAAGGAGUUGCGAACAAAGAAAAUUGUCAGCGUCACGUCUCGUACAAGAGAGAACGCGAUGAAAAAGCUUUUACCGAAUUAGUUAACUGCGCCCAUCGUAGCCUCGCGCGAGUUCCGGCACGCGAAGAAGAAGCGACAUUAUAGAGGCAAAAGAGAGAAAGAGAGAGAGAGGGGGGAGAGAGAGAGAGAGAGAAAGAGAGAGAUCCAGAACGUUGUAAUUUCGCUAACAGCGUUGGAUCCGAAGAAUCGAGGAAUAUUCGAAGCCGUAUUACGCCAAUCCUUCCGCUGAAUCUUCCUUGUGCUCGUACGCGCUUAGAGCUUUCGUACAUAAAUUGCCGCAAUCGUAGAUUUAAGGUAUAAACUUAAGCUGAAAAACCAGUCGGGAUAUUGCUUUAAGAUUGUUCUAGCUAGAAGAAGAUUGACGUGACCGUAUGAAUAGGAUUCAGAUUGAGUUUUAACCAGAUGAAUUUUAGUUAUUUUUACAUGCGAUCAAAUUUACUGGUAGUUUUAUCUUCUUCUAAGGUACACAAAACUAUAUAGCAAAAUCCAGAUUGAUCCUUCAGCAAAAGUUUACGUCUUAUGUCUAUGGUUACGGCAAUCCACAUGCGAGAGCCCUUGGAUAAACCCUUACGAGUGCCAGUGGAUUCUUGGUUUGAGUAUGUAUUACGGCCCCCUUUAUCGAAAGGAUCACGUGUUUGUCGUCCACGUCAGUUUUGUGUAUUCGCGCGGCGCGAUCAGGGAGACCAUGUUCACUAAUGACGAAUCGCGCGCUAAACGUGCCCCACAAUCAAUCGAUAUUUCCGUACCUCGACCUCCUUUUCCAUGCAUCUCGAACUUGUUAAAACGUAUCAGACUAACACGCGAAAAUUAUCCCCCCAUCGCUCGCGUGUAAUUUAGUGGAACCGCGAGCAAGACGAAGGGACACGCGAAACGUGGAAUAUCUCAAGUCGGAAAAGUCUCAUCCGAUUUCCAUAACGAGAAGAAUAAUUCAUUCGUGGCCGAGUUUGAACGGUUUCUCGCCGCGUUAUUAAUCGAACAGAGAAGCGAGCACGUUUAUUUGACAAAAGGAAAUUGUGUUCAACGUAUACAUCUACAUUGAGGAAGAAGAAAUGUUUAAAAAAUAGUAUUGGGUAGGUAUGGACAAUGUAUUUAUUUGGAUCCAAAUUCUUUCACGUAAAUAGAAGAAACAAUUACUUUUAUGAAAAGUUAAGGUUUUCUGAAGGUUUGAAGAAAAUCUGUUUCCCUUAUUUGAAAAGUAUUUUAUAUUAAUAUAAGUAAAUAUGUUAUUUAUAAUCCAUUAAAUAAAUACUUUUUUUCUUAAAUACUUUUUCUCUCUAAAAUAUUAUAUUAUUUCUUAGAUAUUUCUUCUCUCAGUGUGUAAAAAUUCGGCACGUAGAAUUUACCAGACUUUGUGCAGUUAUCGUUGAUUCUGCCUUCGUCAUGAUUUUGGAAAAAUGCACCCCCUCUCUACGUAUCAUCAAUCGCGCGGAUGACCCACGACCGAUGUGGUACUGCAAGCACACAAAAACCCGCGACUGUCCGCGAACUUGGAUGAAACAUCUUUCUUCCUCCCGUAGACUCGACCAUACAGUUACUCUCUAAGGUACAAUCGACGAUUCGACCAAUUAUAAGCGGCCCAUGAGGGGCGACUAUAGCCGACGAGCGCAAGGCAAAGUUUCAUCGGAACAGAGCUACAUCGCUGCGAGCGAUAAAAAUAAGAAAAUAAAAAAUUAAAUAAACAAGUAAAAGUGAUUAGUGUCGCGAACAUGCGCGAUUGUGCUCGCAUUUUAUAUCGAAUAAAUGACAUUUUCUCCAUGCCCUCGCACGAUUCUUUGAGCAGCUCGUCUAACCCAACGCCAACGUUCCUCCCUCGGGCGCUUCUGAGACGAAGCGGAUACCAAAAUAUCCGCGGUGACGGGCGACCCCGCGUUCCCAACCCGCGAUGACACUUUAAUCUGCGGAGCGAGAAAUCGUCCGCUACACAGACCCGAGUAAAAUUGACUUAAACCAGAUUUCCAUCGUCGCAGCGUUGCCUGCCGGCUACGAUUUGUCGAUUAUCGCCUCCAGCGAACCUACUCUAUCUUAUUGGUUUGAUCGAUAACUCGUUAGUCGAAUUUUCUCAGGUAUUAAUCUCUGCAGCACGACGAGGUGGGAAUUAAUGCUCACUGUAUAACGAGAUGGAUGUGAUACCGAAUCUCUGCUCGAAUGCGUGGGGGUUUGCAAAAAUUUUCGCGGCGGAAAAACGCAAAUCAGGAUUUCAGCGGAGACGGCUAUUAUCACAGCUUGAUAAAAUGAAUAAAUAAAUAAAAGAAUAAAUAAAACGCAAAAUAUAACAGAAAAAUAGAAAAACAGAAAAAUAUAAUAACACAAUAACAGAAAAAUUAUCUGACGAGCGAGCUUUUGUAAAAUUCAGUUGGUAACGAUCGGCCUUUAGCGGUUGGAAAAUACAUUUUGCAAACAAUUAAUAAUGACACUUCGUGUGCUUAAAAAUGGCUCUCUGACAUUUUAGAUUAAAAAAGAAAAAAAUCAUUCAUAAUUUCGUUCAUCAAGAGUAAAAAGCGCUAAAAAAUUCUUUUGUCGCCCGGAAGGCAAUACAAGAGCGGCUUCAAUCAAGCUGGAACUAAAAUGGUACGCGAUUGAGUUUUCAUUUGAAAGUCAACAACGGGCAGAAAUAGUACAGUCAAGGUAAUUGUGUUAAAAAUACGACAUUGAAGUAUGCGAAGGCUUUCUUUCAGCUUGAUGAAAUAUUUAAUAACACGGACUAACUUUGUUCCGUACAUAAUUUCAUAAUUAUUUAACUUUAAAAGACUCGGAAGCAGACGCCAAGUUUUCAUUCACUUUGCAUAUUGCAUUUCC